UGGCCGCCCAAGUCCGCCACUUUCUGCUCUGUGGCUGCCCAUUGCCACCUUCCAGGAGGACUCCGCGCCGCCCGGCCGCCUCCGAGCUCGGGCCCCAUGUGAGGGGCCCCCCCUUAUCCCACCUUUCCGGCUAGUACAAAACGACUGGUGGCCUUAGUGCCCAUGCCCAGCGACCCUCCGUUCAAUACCCGAAGAGCCUACACCAGUGAAGAUGAAGCCUGGAAGUCGUAUUUGGAGAAUCCCCUGACGGCAGCCACCAAGGCGAUGAUGAGCAUUAAUGGUGACGAGGACAGUGCUGCUGCCCUGGGUCUGCUCUACGACUACUACAAGGUUCCUCGAGACAAGAGGCUGCUAUCUGUGAGCAAAGCAAGUGACAGCCAGGAAGAGCCGGAUAAAAGAAACUGCCUUGGCACCAGUGAAGCCCAGAGUAAUCUGACUGGAGGAGAAAACCGAGUGCAGGUCCUAAAGACUGUUCCAGUGAACCUUUCCCUAAAUCAAGACCACCUGGAGAAUUCGAAACGGGAACAGUACAGCACAAACAUCUCCGAGAGCCCGGCCAUCAUCCCGGUGUCCGGAAUCACGGUGGUGAAGGCUGAAGAUUUCACGCCCGUGUUCAUGGCCCCGCCCGUGCACUGUCCCCGGGGAGAUGGCGAGGAGCAACGUGUGCUUAUCUUUGAACAGACCCAGUAUGGUGUGCCCUCCAUGGCCAGCCAUAGCACCUACCUCAAGGAAGACCAGCGCAGCACCCCCGACAGCACUUAUAGCGAGAGCUUCAAGGACGGAACCGCAGAGAAAUUUCGGAGUGCUUCCGUUGGGGCUGAGGAGUACAUGUACGACCAGGCAUCAAGUGGCACAUUUCAAUACACCCUGGAAGCUACCAAGUCUCUGCGUCAGAAGCAGGGGGAAGGCCCCAUGACCUACCUCAACAAAGGACAGUUCUAUGCCAUAACGCUCAGCGAGACUGGAGACAACAAAUGCUUCCGACACCCAAUCAGCAAAGUUAGGAGCGUGGUGAUGGUGGUCUUCAGUGAAGACAAAAACCGAGAUGAGCAGCUGAAAUACUGGAAGUACUGGCACUCUCGGCAGCAUACGGCGAAGCAGCGGGUCCUUGACAUUGCUGAUUACAAGGAGAGCUUUAAUACGAUUGGAAACAUCGAGGAGAUUGCAUAUAACGCUGUUUCCUUCACCUGGGACGUGAAUGAAGAGGCAAAGAUUUUCAUCACUGUGAAUUGCCUGAGUACAGAUUUCUCGUCCCAGAAAGGAGUGAAAGGACUUCCUUUGAUGAUUCAGAUUGAUACAUACAGUUAUAAUAAUCGUAGCAAUAAGCCCAUUCAUAGAGCUUACUGCCAGAUCAAGGUCUUCUGCGACAAAGGAGCAGAAAGGAAAAUCCGAGACGAAGAGAGGAAGCAAAACAGGAAGAAGGGGAAAGGCCAGCCCUCCCAAACCCAGUGCAACAACUCCUCUGAUGGGAAGUUGGCCGCAAUACCUUUACAGAAGAAGAGCGACAUCACCUACUUCAAAACAAUGCCUGAUCUGCACUCGCAACCGGUCCUCUUCAUACCCGACGUUCACUUUGCAAACCUGCAGAGGACAGGACAGGUGUAUUACAACACGGAUGAUGAACGAGAAGGCAGCAGUGUCCUUGUCAAACGGAUGUUCAGGCCCAUGGAAGAGGAGUUUGGCCCAGCACCUUCUAAGCAGAUGAAAGAAGAAGGGAUGAAGCGAGUGCUUUUGUACGUGCGGAAGGAGACGGACGACGUGUUCGACGCUUUGAUGUUGAAAUCCCCCACGGUGAAGGGCCUGAUGGAAGCGAUAUCUGAGAAAUACGGACUGCCUGUGGAGAAGAUCGCAAAGCUUUACAAGAAAAGCAAAAAAGGCAUCUUGGUGAACAUGGACGACAACAUCAUUGAGCACUACUCGAAUGAGGACACCUUCAUUCUCAACAUGGAGAGCAUGGUGGAAGGCUUCAAGAUCACACUCAUGGAAAUCUGAGCCCUGGUCUCGGCGUCCCCUCAGCAGGGGCCCUCGGUGCAUUCCUCCCUGGGAGAGGUGGAAGCCCCGGCCCAGAGCCCAGAGCCCUGCCCCCCCCACCCCCCACCCCCCACCCCCCAACCGCUGUUACAGACUGUGCUGGGAGCCGGGCGAGGCACAGAGCCCCGUCCCUUAUCAGUGUGUCUGGCCCAUCCCCUGGCUCCUGCUGGAGCUAAAUCCUGAGCCCCUCAGGAAGGCGCGCUGGGCCUGUCAGACACUUAUUUAUUGUCCACCUGUUUCUGGAGCCCCGGGGUCCAGGCCUGCCAGGAUUCUGCAGGACACUGCUGGCCCCAGGUGAGACCGUCCAGAGCCCCCCCUCACCUUUCAAGGGAAACACAGCCAAUCUGUUCACCCCGAAGAGCCCGAGAACGCCUCACCUCCGCUUGCCCUGAGCGGCUGGUCAGAACGAGCUGCCGCCCGCUGCCGCCGUCGGGCGGGGUCAGAGGUGGACACCCGCGUCCUGGUCACAAGCCUUCAGGUGUCUCUGGGGAAGGCCGUCCUGCUAAACACGUCUGGGGGUUUCCAGCGAGUGGCCGCCAGGCCUUGUACAGGAAGACAUUCGGCUACCGUGUAAUUAGUAACCCAGAAGGUACGCCUGGCUAUUAUGUACAUAGUGUUUAUAAUAUGGCAAUAAUAUAUUUUACCUGCGGUACGUGGGCAUGUUUACUGCCGCUGGCCUAGGGGAGACGCGUAGCUGAGGCUCCGCUUUCUGCGAGAGGUUUGCAGGGGACGCGCCGGGACAGGGAAGCGGCCUUCGGGCUAUCCGGUGACUGCAGGGGUGCCAGCGGGCACGCCCGCCCUGUGGGCCGCCAGGCUUGCCUCCCGGUGAUGUGCUUUCCGGCGGGAAAGGUCGGAUUGUCUGAGGCCCCAGCUCCUCCAGCUUCGGUGAGCUUUCCGGACAGACCGCAGGGGGCUUGCGGCUGGACCCCGUGCUGGGGCCACUGCAGAACUUGGUGAUCAUGAGGACCGGGCCUCUGUGCAGUGCCUGACAGUUGACAAGUGCGUCUUUCAUCUCACGUGGCUCCCCCAAAAGCCCAGCUGCGGUUCUGAGAGUGAUGCCAACAGCUUAGCUCCGAAUUCACAGGCCGGGGGGCUGCUUCCCGUGGCCACCUCUGCUCCGGGCUGCUGGAUUCGGGGGGACGGGGGGAGGGGGUGCCCCCAGAGCCUCCUGGCUCUUCCGAAGGGCAGCCCCUGGAGGAGGACUGGGAGAGAGAAGGCCUGGUCCUCCCGUACAUGCUCUGGGAGACGAAGAGUAGAAAAAAUGCUUCCCUAAACACUCGCGAAAUCAUGAACCAUCCUGGGCCGCUGUUCUCUCUGAAGGGACAGGUAGGUGGCCUGGGGGUUUGCGUUCGCCCUUGUGGGUUGAAGCACUGGCCUUCAGGUAGCCAGACACGUCCCCAGCCCCAGGUCCUGCACUAGGGCAGGUUCUAUGUAAGGGCCCAGAUUUGUUUGUAAAGCACUUUGACGUCUCACCCAGGGAGUUCUCUCUCCAAGGGCUCCCUGCCUCGCACCCCACCUGCCCCUGACGCCCAGAGCAGGACAGAAGGGCUGCUUCCAGCCCAGCUGUUUCUCCUUGAGGCUACAGACGAUUUGGAUGGAAUGGAGAGCGGGUGCCGCGCCGAGGAAGAUGUCCGGGUGAUGGUAACGGGGCACCUUUCUGUGUCUUCUGGACACGUUAUCCCUUCCUGUGGUGCCAAAGGUUUGCAUCCCGGAUUCAGUUCUGCUCCCAUCUGUUCCCUCCUCCCCCGCUCUGGCUGCCAUGCCCUGGACCAGCAGCGUGGGGACCCUCCUGGGUCCUGAUGAAGCUCUGUUCUGUGACGGACAGAUUCAGUGUUGAAAAUCUAUGACGUACUCUGCACUUCGCGUGCUCCUUGCCUCAGAGGUGGAUUGGAACGUGACUGGCAGACGAAACGGCAGAUACUGUUGGGCUGGGGCAGAGACUCCAGAGUAGGGAAAAGAUAAGAUUUGGGGCGUCUGACACAAGUUACCCUACCCUUUUUUCUCUAGUCUCUUUGGGGAAAUGUUUGCUGGUCUUCCCCAAGGCAGAGGAUGAUCAGAGACGCCUUUGCAUUUGUUUCCAGUCCCUGAGCCAUCACCGUGGUGACCCCCACCUACCAGAACAAAGAAUGUGAGGCCAGUGCCACCGAAGGGUGGUGCAGAGAGAGCAUCACCUCCCAUCUGAUCUGCCCCCCAUCUUUCUCCUGCCCCCUCUGCAUUCUCAGAGUGUCCAUGGUCUAGCUUGGAUGUAUGUCAGCAGGGCUUCGAUGAGCACAAUUUUCUGAGCAGAAACACUCUAGAAAGAUAGGAAGACUUGCCUCUUCUCUUGUCCCUUCAAUCUAUUACACUUAAACAAAUAUGCUUCUCUGAAAAAAAUCCAUGUAAGAUGAGGGACACGUGAAACAAGUAUUUUUCUUACACAUACCCACACUGCUUAGGCUUAAUGUGUGUCUGGAGAUUGGAACCAACAGAAAAACGCAGUCAGAUGUCAUCUUGGACUUGGAUCCUGAAAGACUAAGGCACGUCCCAGCCCAGAAACUUACGAGGCGUGAAAUGAAUCAAACAUUUAUUUUCCUUCUUAUUUAAAAUUAGGAAAAUGCAACAGAAACAGAGGGUUUGUGCCAAAUUCUGUGAACGGCCCUUUCUUAAAAACAAGCAAGGGAGAUUGAAAGAUGGACAAUUUGCUCUCGUGUUUUAAACAAAAGAAAAAGGCAAAUGUAACUUAAUAGUUUUGUAAAUGGGAGAAGGGGAAUCUAUAAACUAUAAAUACAGUUAUUUUAUUUUUUGUACAUUUUUAAGAGAAAAAAAUAAAUAUUCAUAACGUCAGAGUAAA